CCCCCACUGCAUCACCUUACUUUGGUCAGUCAAGCUACUGAUGUGUCUUUGGAUGUUUUUCGGGACAGUUUUCUGUAAUCACCUAUAUCAUUAAGGCACUCCAUCACACAACUGCCAACAUAAAAGUAAGUUAUUGGAGCAAUUGGGGGUCAAUAUAAUGUGAUGCUGACAGGAAGUAGUUAGACUUUUAAAUUUAAAUUUGGGAUGGAUGCCAAAGGUGGCCACGCCUUCAGAUUAUGGCCAAGAUUUGAUUGUUGAGGUAGGUCAAUGUCAGAGACCCACAGUAGGAGAGAGGUUGCCUGCUGAACACAUUCCCAAAGUCUACUUCGACAAUAUGGACUGAGUGGAAGACUUGCUUUCUUACGUUGUAGCUCUUCAGAUUUCCAAAUAUACCUCCUCUAAGGGUUACUGACAGACUUCUCAUCCAAUCAAAGCUGAACUCAUGGAUUGGAAAUUUCUCGAGGGUCUUCUUAGUGGAGUCAACAAGUACUCCACUGCCUUCGGGCGGAUCUGGCUGUCAGUGGUCUUCGUCUUCCGGGUGAUGGUCUACGUUGUAGCUGCUGAGCGGGUCUGGAGCGACGACCAGGCACAUUUUGACUGCAACACCCUCCAGCCUGGGUGCAAGAACCUCUGCUACGAUUACUUCUUCCCCAUCUCCCACAUUCGCCUCUGGGCUCUGCAGCUGAUCUUCGUCACCUGCCCUUCCUUCAUGGUCGUGCUUCACGUGUCCUACCGGGAAGAGAGGGAACGUAAAUACCAAGCAAAGCACGGUGCAGAUCGUCACCUGUACGACAACCCGGGGCAAAAGCAUGGUGGUCUGUGGUAUACAUACCUGAUUAGCCUCUUGCUAAAAACCGCCUUUGAGAUCACUUUUCUCUACUUGCUCCACUCCAUCUACGACAGUUUCAAGCUCCCCAGAAAAGUCCAAUGUGAUGUCAGUCCCUGUCCUAAUUUGGUGGACUGCUACAUAUCCCGGCCCACUGAGAAGACCGUUUUCACCUACUUCAUGGUGGGGGCGUCUGUCUUGUGCGUGGUCCUCAACGUUUGUGAAAUCUUCUAUCUGAUCACUAUCCGGUUGGUGACCCUGAAGAAAAGGGGCUUGGUCCAUACCUCGUCUAUUAUGAAGGUCCGACGUAACCUGGACUGAAAUGGCUGCAAGUCAUCUUUUAUAUUGUAGCUGGAAACACAGUAAAGGGAAUCACCAUUUGUAUUAAACUAAUGAUCCUUUUUCCUCA